UUUUGCUGCCCAAUCUUCCCUGCUCGCGGUCAACCUCCCGAGAAUUCGGGAGCCGCGCCGCCCGUUGCCACUCCUAUUCUCCGCCGCCCGCGUGCUCCCCAGCACCCACGCGCCGCCCGUUGCCGCUCGUAUUCUCCACCGCCCGGGCGCUCCUUAGCACCAGGCGAAAAGACGGCCAUGCCGCCCCCCGCCGCCGCGCAGCCCCGCGUGGAGCUGGAGCUCCCGCUCGGCGCGGCGCCGUUCGACCUGGAGGCGGCGGUGUGCAGCCACGGGCUGUUCAUGAUGGCGCCCAACCGCUGGGACCCGGCGUCCCGCGCGCUGACCCGCCCGCUCCGCCUCGCCUCCGACCGCUCCGUGUCCCUGCUCGCCCGCGUCUGCCGCCACCCCGCGCGCCCCGCCGACGCCCUCCUCGUCUCCGUCCUCGGCGCCGACGCCCUCUCCCCGCUCGACCGGGACUGCAUCCUCGAGCAAGUGCGGCGGAUGUUGCGGCUGUCGGAGGAGGAGGGCAGGGUGGUGGCGGAGUUCCAGGCGAUGCACGCCGCCGCCAGGGAAUCCGGGUUCGGCCGCAUCUUCCGCUCGCCCACGCUCUUCGAGGACAUGGUCAAGUGCAUCCUCCUCUGCAAUUGCCAAUGGUCAAGAACAUUGGCAAUGGCUACUGCACUCUGUGACCUUCAGCUGGAGCUGCAAUGUUCUUCUGGCACCGCAAACUUUCAGCUAAAGACACCUCCAAUCAGGGAGCAUAAGAGGAAACGCAGUAAGAAUCAGAAUGUUCGUGUCAAUCUAGAAACAAAAUUUAGUGAGCUGGAGAGCUCAGAGGACCCAAGAUUAGCAACCGCAGAAGAUUCUAGAAUAGCAACUGACACUAGCAAUGACUUAACACUGUCGGAAACAAAUGGCGAUUUGGCUAGCUUGCCCUCAGUUGCAAGUGAAGCAGGCAGUGCAUGCGACUCCUUUGAUCCUUCAGAGCUUAGCAUGAGCAGUACUAGUACUUCCCUCGAAGAUCAUAUUGGAGAUUUCCCUACUCCAGAAGAGUUGGCGAAUCUUGAUGAAGACUUCUUAGCCAAGCGUUGUAACCUUGGAUAUCGAGCAAAGCGAAUUAUAUCCCUUGCACGGUGCAUUGUGGAAGGAAAGAUAUGCACACAAAAUCUUGAAGAAAUGCUCAAAAUGUCAGCUACAGAAGAGAUAUCUACCAUCCCAUCCACCUACGAAAGACUGGAUAAAGAGUUAUCUACUAUCUCUGGAUUUGGCCCUUUCACUCGUGCCAAUGUGCUCAUGUGCAUGGGAUUUUUCCACAUGAUCCCAGCUGAUACCGAGACAAUUAGGCACUUAAAGAAGUGUCAUAAAAGGGCGAGCACCAUUAAAUCCGUUCACAUGGAAUUGCAUAAUAUCUAUGGCAAGUAUGCUCCAUUUCAGUUCUUGGCGUACUGGUUUGAGUUAUGGGGCUUCUACAACAAGCAAUUUGGAAAGAUCAGUGAGAUGGACCCAUCCAAAUAUGGGCUAUUUACUGCAAGCUAUUUGAAGAAGGCGACAUCGAUUAGAUAGGAAAUUAGACAUGAGCCUUUCUUUCUUUUGUAAACACGGCCAUGCCAAAAUCAGCUUAAAAGACACAAUUGUUUCUUGUGAUUGUUGUUAUAGUUGCUGGCUGAUUAUUUAGUGGUGUGUUAACAUUAAUUUGUAGUGGUAAACAAUUUUUUUUUGUAGUCUAUUCUAUUUUCUCUA